CGUGUUCAGCUAUUCGUAACGGACCAUUGGUUGCGGCAGUCCGACAUCAAGUUUACAGGAGGGCCAUCAGUAUAGGGAGCGGGCUACAAGAGAUCCUGUACUGACUAUAGUGCGUGUGUGGCGGCUAAAAAACAUACUAAUUCUGCAUGCCUUUCCUAAUGAAGAUAUUGCACUCCAGAAUAUUCAUCAGUGCCACCCAACGGAUAAGGCUUUGCCCGUUCCUGCAGAUAUACGGUUUCAAGGGGAUUACUGCAUCCGCCUGUGCAAUUUUCACCGUCGGCUACCUUUUCAUCUACCUUGGUGGUGCAACGUUUUUCACAAGCAAACCCCUACGAGAAGGAGAAGCACAGAAACAAUAUGUACCAGUCGUCGUAUACGUCGUAACUCCGACAUACAGGAGGGCGACCCAAGCUCCUGACUUAACGCGACUCAUGCAGACCCUUAGAUUGGCCAACGACAUUUGCUGGAUCAUCGUCGAGGAUUCGCACAAGUACACGCCACUAGUGAGUAGCAUACUAGAGAGAUCUGGUAUCCCGGGAGUGCACCUGCUGGGUCCAACUGCGAGCAACAGAAAGCUAAAGAAAUAUGGACGGGGCGUAUCAGCUCGAAACAGGGCCAUCCAGUGGUUAAGAACCAACGCUACAGGUCCUGGAGUUGUGUACUUCGCUGACGAUGACAACUCUUAUGACGUUAGGCUGUUCGACGAGAUACGGCAGACCAAACGCAUCAGUGUUUUCCCAGUGGGCACUAUCGGAGAAUAUGGCGUAAGCGCUCCUGUUGUGAUAUCUGGCAAAGUAGCGGCCUUCCACGACAGCUACAGGGGCGGCCGGAAGUUCGCAGUUGACAUGGCGGGAUUUGCCGUCAACUUGAGCCUGCUGUGUGGUAACAAACGCGCAGUCAUGCCCCAUAUACUGGGAAAACAAGAGGAUAUAUUUCUGCGCAGUUUCAACGUCAGCAUAGGGGAUCUGGAGCCCCUCUGCAACAACUGCACCCAGGUUUACGUCUGGCACACCAAAACGGUAUCUUCGGUGUAUCCCAGAUGGAACACGUUGCAAAAAGACCGACGACUCCUCAACACGAGUGUGCAUGAACUCUACAAGAACGUUUUGUGGCCUCGGUAACAAAGGCGACCUUAGGCGUAGUGAGAAGAUGCGUCUCAGCAAGUGGAAUAUAAUAGUGUCCCGUCCAGUGGAACAGCCACGCAUUUUUGUUAUUUACUGUAUAAGUGGUUAAACUCGCGGGCUCAAUCAUUCGCGAAUUUUUGAGGAGCCAGGAUCAGGCAAUUAUUCGCGGAGCCUUGAAUUCGCGGUACCGCGGUGCCUUGACCCUGCACCAGGUGUCUUAGGCGCCCUCCACCUUGAAAAUCCAGGAAGAAGUUAACAAAAGGUAUCACAAACUGGGUAAUAACCCGUUGAUUUGUCUUCCUUUUGAGCCCUUCUGACUGAGAGAGCUGAGAUUGGGGGGUUCUUACUCGGCUGGUAUCUGGGUCAUUGCCGAAUUGCCCUGUCUCCCGUCAUUCCUGUCACCGCGUCGAGCAUGUACGAUUGGCAUUCAAUGCAGCGUAAGAAACCGCAUACAUAAGUGCCUCAUACAUACACCAUACAUACAUAGUUGCCUCCUAGGUAAAAUUUCUUACAUAUUUCGUUCGCGUAUUUUUCUGUCAUUGGUUCGAAUAUUUCGCGGAACUUUAAAUUCGCGAAGAAAAGUGCGCCUGAAAAUUUCGCGAAAAUUAGUACCUCGCGAAAAUUACUACUUAUGCAGUAUUUGGCUCGACUGCUGUUCCUGGUUAGUGCUCUUAUACAGGAGGGCUUCAUGAAUCGUGACUUUCACGCAGGAUGAACCUGAUUCACGUGUGCACAUAAUGGGCGCGCAUGUGCUUAUAUAUAUUUAUAACACUUCUAUAACUUAUUAUAUUAUUACUUAACUUAUUAUAAGUUAUUAUAUAACUUAUUUUCCUAAAAAUGCAUGCUCGUUCAAUCUACCAUGUAUGUACACCAACUAUUAAAGUGCCACCAUAUUUAUAUUAAUA